AUGGGCUAUCGUGAGAGGUUGGACACAUCUUCGUUCUUCGACGCAGAUUUUCAACCUUCAAACACGCUCGACCACUUCCUUAAGCGCACUCCAGAAAUGGCUUUCAAGGGCCUUGACUUCACGCGCAAAUCACGCGAUUGGAAAUACCCUGCACCAGCCAAGCGACCUACUCAAGCAGAAAGAGAGCGGGCCGCUGCAGCUCGUGCCCUUGAGAAAGCAACGAAUAGCUUGCAAGCAGAGCAGGACUCUGCUGCUGUGGCGGCGGACAAUGACUUGGCUGGCACAGAGCCAGGCCAGCCCGGCAUCGCUCAUCCCCACGCGCAAGGGCAGGAGUUUGUUGCUGAAGAGCUCAACGAAGGCAUGGAGGACUGCGCUGCUGAAGACAUGGACGGCAUGGAGAAAACAUGCGCUGCUGAAGACAUGGACGGCAUGGAGAAAACAAACGCUAUUGAAGAGAUGAACGGCAUGGAGAAAACAGACGCUGACUCAGACAGGAUUGCCGGCAUGAAAAAGCCGGCCGGAGUGCGUGGACGCAGCGGCAGUCCCGCCACUUUCAGCAAUCCACAACCCCAACAACAAUCAACGUUCGAUUCGAACAGAUUCGGCUUCGCGUUCGGUGGUGCUUCACAACAGCAGGACGGCUCGAGCUCAUUUUCAUUCGGCGUCAGCACUCCAGCACCCUCAUUUGGAGCCUCUGCUCCGGCUCCGGCUACUAACAUGCAACCCAACGGCAAUGUUUUCGGCCAGAAUACACCCAAUACACCCAGCUUUGGCACAAGCUUUACUGGAUCAUCGCAGCCACAACAGAACGGCUUCAAUCCAUCCACGACAUCGAUGUUCAAUCAACAACCGCAGACCCCAUCAUUCGGCGGAUUUGGCCAGACGCAGCAGAACGGGACCAGCGGAUUCGGAGGCCAGCAGCAGCCAGCGCAAGGCGGCGGAAAUACAUUCAACUUUGGACAGACUCGGCAGCAGGAGAGCAGCAAGCCAAAUACAUCAUUUACUGGCUUUGGCACUUCACAGUCAGCCCAAACAGAGUCCGGCAACCCGUUUGCGAAGUUCAUCCAGAAGCCAGCAGAGACGAGCGAGAAGUCGAGCACGCCUGGUCCACUCUUCACUCAGAAAUCGCAGAACGCUGGUGAUAAGCCAAGCAAUCCAUUUGCAAGCUUCGGACAGAAGACGGCAGAGUCGAGCCAGAAUUCCAGUGCUCCAGCUCCGUCCUUCGGACAGAAGCCGCAGGAGAAUGGCAGCAAGCCCAGCAACGCCUUUGCAGGCUUUGGUCAGCAGGCACAGCAGAAGAAGGACGACAAGCCGAGCAACCCAUUCGCCAAUUUUGGUCAGAAGAGCGCCGACGCUGGCGAUAAGCCCAGCACGCCAUUUGGACAGAAGCCUCUUGAGAAUGGCAACAAGACGCCUUUUGCGACAUUCGGACAGCAGAACGAGCAAAAGGACAAAAGCUCCGGGCAGCAGACACCAAAGCUCGGGUUCGGAUUUGGCCAGCCGAACGGAGACAAUUCCGGCGAUCAACAACAAACACCCAAGCCGGGCAUCUUGGGCCAGGGUCCUGCGCAACAGACUACCCAGCCCGAGCAGUCAAAGCUUGGCGCGAGCAACAUAUUCAACCAAUCGACACAACCGUCGAAUCAGGCAAACAAUAUGUUCAGCCAACCAUCACAAUCCACCCAAGCCACAAGCAACAUGUUCGGCACAUCUUCUCAGUCCACGCAGCCCAAGGGCGAGAAGAAGGGCUUGUUUGGCUCGAGUGUGGCACCUGCCGGUGACGAUCCACACGGCACGGACAGUAUCUUCAGCAAUCUUCCAAAGAAGAAGGACAUGUCGAACGGCAGCAAACCUCUCUUCUCGUCCGCAGAUCCCUCCCAGGUCUACCGCGGCGAAGACGACGACGACAAUGCCAACGACGAGGCAGAUGGGGACGCCGAGCAAGCAGAACAACCAGCGGCAAAGCCGACAGGAAGCUUCUUCGGCUUAUCCAACCAAGCACAGUCAUCUACUGCUGGUCUGAGCACCCCACAGGCGCGUCAAAAUCCAGAUGCAGCCAGCUCAAACGUCGGUGGUGCUACACAGACUCCAGCACCUCGAUCUCUCUUCGAUCGGAUUGAUAAAGAUGAAUUGGCGAAGCGAUUGGGUGGGCCAGUCUCGCAGAACAAGCCUAACGAGACACCCAAGACGGGUCUGUUCAGCGGCGCGCCAGAGACUCCGGCGACUGUCAAGCCGCUCUUCUCAUCGACAGCCCCGUCGACCACUGCAGCUCCGCUUCCAUCAUUCCAGCAGCCUGCUGUGUCACAGACGCCAAUGGGCUCUCCGCCCAAGAGCCUGUUCCCAAAGCCUUCGACCCCGGCGCUACCGGCUGCCCCUCCCACAGCAUUCCAAGCUCCCGCCACAGCGCCAGUGGCGCUGACGGCUCCGCCGCCAAGCGCUUCCGCGGCUACAAGUUCGACGGUGCUGUUGUCAACUGAGCAGAAGAAGCUUCAAGAGCUCAACCAUGGCCUACUGGACCACCUAAAGAGGGCAGACAACAAGCAAGAUUGGACGGCCGUCAUGCAGUACUACAUGAGGAUGGUCGCAGGCAUUAUGAACACGUCUGCUCCGCCAGAAGCGCAAGAUUCCACGAUCAUCUCUCCGCCAGCCACAACGAGCACCUCAAACACCACAUUCGAGCAGACUGCUAGACCCGCCCACACCCCCAAGCAGCUGGGAGGCAGCGAUUUGUUCAGCAAGCCGCCGAGCACAGCGCCACCGGGAGCCAAGAAGCGCACAUUCGAGCAGCAGGAAGAUGAUGAGUCUGCUCGCUCGCCAGCCACCGAGAAGCGCAGCAAGCCGAACGAGUCUGUCAAUUACCCGAAAUUGCCCGAGACCUCCAGCAGCACCUCCAAGCUCUUCGCAGAUGUACUCAACAAGAAGGACGCCGCAAACACUUCCGGCUUCAACCCUGCUACCAAGUCCAUGUUCAACACUUCGACCCCAGCGUCAUCGAUGACACCGACUCCUGCAACCAACGGCUUAUCGAUGCCGAAAUUCGCAGCUCCGGCUGCUGGUAGCAACAGCUUCUUUGCAUCAUUCGGCCAGAAGGCCAAAGCACAAGAGGAGGCAGAACGCAAGAAGCGCAAGGCAGAUGAUUACGACAGUGAAGAGGAGUCCGAAGAACAAUGGGAGAAGCGUGAUCGCGAAGAGCAGGAAGCCAAGCGCCAGAAGCUUGCAGACGCCGCGAAGAACGCCAAGGGCUUCUCAUUUUCUACGCCAUCCACUACAACUGAAGGAGUGAAGACCCCGUUUAAGCUCGGCGCAGCAUCUGGUGCCACGUCUGCUACUCCUUCGACGCAGCAACCUAAGUUUGGUGGACUCUUCGGUGCCUCCACUACUGCAAACGGCUCAACAACCGAAGCUGGCAAGCUCGCACCGGCAACUGGUUUCAGCUUUGGUGGCCUGAAGACCCCGUCGCUCAAUGCUUCGCUGGAUGCAUCCCGCGCCACGACACCUGGCGUGACCACGGACGGCGAGGCAUCCAACGCUGCUGACGAGGGCGAUGAUGAGCCAAGUGAUGAAGCGCCGCAAAAUGUCGAGGACCACACUGCUCUCCAGGCUGCUGAGCGACAGAGCAGUGACGUGCUUCUCGAGUUGCCACAGGUCAACACGAAAUUUUACAACAAGAAAGAAGACGAGGACAAGGCCAGCUGGAAGCCUAUUCAGAGUGGCCGCAUGUACGUUCUCAAGGACAAGGCGGACGGUGCCACGCGCAUUCUGGCCAAAGUCGGCUUGGGCCGUAGCGCGCUCAACUAUAAGAUGGUUAAGGGCAUGAAGUACGAGCUUCAUCCCAAGAAGGAUACCAUGGUGGUGGCAACUUUCAUGGACCACAUUCACAGCGACCCUCCCAAGCUGGAGCGCUUCUACGUUACAUGUGCCAAUGCCAAUGAGGCAAAAGAUUUGGCGCGCGUCCUCACCGAGGGUGCGGCGAAAUAG